UCGCCCGUGCGUGCGUCUGUGAGCGGCGUUCGUGCAAAAAAACGGAGGCCUACUGUCACUUGUGCGGCCGGCAUGUCACCGUGGUUUUGAACCUCUAGCCGUGGAGACCGACCGUGUGUGAUUGCUUUUUCUCCCCUACGUUCCUCCCGUGGAUUACAUGGACGCUUCGGCGCGACCGUGGGGUCCUUCUGUUCUUAUUUAUUGUUUUUUUUAAAGGAGAGUGUCCGAGGUGUUCGUAAAAGCCGGUUGUUCGUAGAGAGCUGUACUCCUCCUCCGGCAACAUGGCGGAGCCAGCAGCCGACAUCGACACAUUCAACAGUCCCGAACUGAAGUACCUCGUCGUCGACAAAAACGACGUGUACGACCCCGCCAAGCAGGCGGAAUGGACGGCCAAGAAACUCAUCUGGGUGCCGCACGAGACGCAAGGGUUCGUCUCCGCCAGCGUGAAGGGCGAACGCGGCGACGAGCUCGACGUCGAGGUGCUCGAGACGGGCAAGCGGUACUUCGUUAGCAAGGACGACGUCCAGAAAAUGAACCCGCCCAAGUUCAACAAAGUCGAGGAUAUGGCCGAACUGACCUGCCUGAACGAAGCCUGUGUGCUGCACAACAUCAAAGACCGCUACUAUUCCGGACUCAUAUACACAUACUCUGGCCUGUUCUGUGUGGUGGUGAACCCCUACAAGAAGCUCCCCAUCUACACGGAGAAGGUGAUUGAACUCUUCAAGGGCAAGAAGAGGCACGAGGUGCCCCCACACAUCUUUGCGGUCACCGAUGGAUCCUACCGAAGCAUGUUGCAAGAUCGGGAAGACCAGUCAAUCCUCUGCACUGGCGAGUCCGGCGCGGGCAAGACGGAGAACACAAAGAAAGUCAUCCAGUACCUGGCCUACGUAGCAUCUUCCAAGCCCCGAUCGUCCACGUCGGGGAUCCACUCUACCUACACUCCCCCGGUGUUCAACAUGGGGGAGCUAGAGCAGCAGCUGUUGCAAGCCAACCCGAUCCUUGAGGCGUUUGGGAAUGCCAAGACGGUCAAGAACGACAACUCCUCGAGAUUUGGGAAGUUUAUUAGGAUAAAUUUUGAUGCCUCUGGGUUCAUCGCCGGUGCCAACAUCGAGACCUAUCUUCUGGAGAAGUCACGAGCCAUCCGUCAGGCGAGAGACGAACGCUGCUUCCACAUUUUUUACCAGCUUCUGCACGGAGCCACGCCUGAACAGAAGAAGGAGUACUUGCUGGAGGACGUGAAGAACUACACGUUUCUGACGCACGGCCACGUCCCGGUGCCCGGAGUGGACGAUGCCCAGGAGUUCCGCAACACGGUCAAGUCCAUGUCCAUCAUGGGCCUCAACCAGGAGGACCUCAACUGCAUCUUCCGGGUGGUGUCGGCAACGCUGCUGUUUGGCAACAUGGAGUUCCGCCAGGAGCGCAACUCCGACCAGGCAACGCUGCCGGACAACACCGUGGCGCAGAAGGUCAGCCACCUGUUGGGGCUGAACGUGACCGAGAUGACCAAGGCCUUCCUUCGGCCCCGGCUCAAGGUGGGCCGGGACCACGUCACCAAGGCCCAGACCAAGGAGCAGGUGGAGUUUGCGGUGGAGGCGAUCUCAAAGGCGUGCUACGAGCGCAUGUUCCGCUGGCUGGUGAACCGCAUCAACCGGUCCCUGGACCGGACCAAGCGGCAGGGUGCCUCGUUCAUCGGCAUCCUGGACAUUGCGGGCUUCGAGAUCUUCGAGCUCAACUCGUUUGAGCAGCUGUGCAUCAACUACACCAACGAGAAGCUGCAGCAGCUCUUCAACAACACCAUGUUUGUGCUGGAGCAGGAGGAGUACCGCCGGGAGGGCAUAGAGUGGAAGUUCAUCGACUUCGGCCUCGACCUGCAGCCCACCAUCGACCUGAUCGAGAAGCCCAUGGGCAUCCUGGCCCUGCUAGACGAGGAGUGCAUGUUCCCCAAGGCGACGGACAAGACCUUCACGGAGAAGCUGGUCACCUCCCACAACCAGCACCCCAAGUUCAUCAAGACCGACUUCAGGGGCACCGCAGACUUCUCCAUCCUACACUAUGCCGGCAAGGUGGACUACCUGGCAAACCAGUGGCUGAUGAAGAACAUGGACCCCCUGAACGAAAAUGUGGUGUCCCUCCUGCAGAACGCACAGGACCCCUUCAUCGUCCAGAUCUGGAAAGACGCGGAAAUCGUAGGCAUGGGCACGGCCACGAUGGGGGACACGCAGUUCGGGGCCCGCACCCGCAAGGGCAUGUUCCGCACGGUCAGCCAGCUCUACAAGGACCAGCUGGCCAAGCUCAUGGUCACCCUGCGAAACACCAACCCCAACUUCGUGCGCUGCAUCAUCCCCAACCACGAGAAGAAGGCGGGCAAGAUCGACGCUCCGCUGGUGCUGGACCAGUUGCGCUGCAAUGGAGUGCUGGAGGGCAUCCGCAUCUGCCGCCAGGGCUUCCCCAACAGGAUCCCCUUCCAGGAGUUCAGGCAGAGGUACGAGCUGCUGACGCCCAACACCAUUCCGAAGGGCUUCAUGGACGGCAAGCUUGCCUGCGAGAAGAUGAUUGCGGCCCUGGACCUGGAUCCCAACCUGUUUCGAGUGGGGCAGAGCAAGAUCUUCUUCCGGGCCGGGGUGCUGGCUCACCUGGAGGAAGAGAGGGACAUGAAGAUCUCCGACCUCAUCAUCCAGUUCCAGGCGUACUGUCGCGGCAACCUGGCACGCCGAAACUACCAGAAGCGGAUGCAGCAGCUCAACGCCAUGCGGAUCAUCCAGCGGAACUGCGCCUCCUACCUCAAGCUCCGCAACUGGGCCUGGUGGCGACUCUACACAAAGGUGAAGCCGCUGCUGCAGGUGACGAAGCAGGAGGAGAAGCUGAACGCCAAGGAGGAUGAGCUGAAGGCCAUGCGGGACAGGAUGGAGAAGACCCAGAUGGACCUGAAGGAGCUCGAGAGGAGCCUACAGCAGGCAACGGACGAGAAGGUGACGCUGCAGGAGCAACUGCAGGCAGAGACUGAGCUGUGCGCGGAGGCGGAGGAGAUGCGGAUGCGGCUGGCGACACGCAAGCAGGAGCUGGAGGAGAUCCUUCACGACUUGGAGGGAAGAGUCGAGGAAGAGGAGGAGCGCUGCCAGGCCCUCAUGCAGGACAAGAAGAAGCUGCAGGUCACCAUCCAGGACCUGGAGGAGCAGCUGGAGGAGGAAGAGGGUGCAAGGCAGAAGCUGCAAAUCGAGAAGUACACGCUGGAGGGCAAGCUGAAGAAGAUAGAGGAGGCAUAUGCGGUCAUGGAGGACGGCAGCUCCAAGUUGGCGAAAGAGAGGAAGGCCCUGGAGGAGAGGCAGGCGGAGCUGGCCCAGGCCCUGGCCGAGGAGGAGGAGAAGGCCAAGCACCUGGGCAAGCUCAAGGCCAAGCAGGAGGCCGGCAUCUCGGACCUGGAGGAGCGCCUGCGCAGGGAACAGCAGAUGCGGCAGGAGCUGGAGCGGGCCAAGCGGCGGCUGGAGACGGAGCUGAACGACGCCCGAGAGCAGCUGGCGGAGAAGAAGCUGCAGGUGGAGGAGCUGCAGACGCAGCUGGCCAAGCGGGACGAGGACGUGGCCCAGGCCCUAUUGAGGUGCGACGAGGAGGCUGCGGCCAAGGGCCAGGCCCAGAAGGCCUUCCGGGAGCUGGAGGCCCAGCUGGCCGAGCUGCAGGAGGACCUGGAUGCCGAGAAGCUGGCCAGGGCCAAGUCGGAGAAGCAGAAGAGGGACCUCAACGAGGAACUGGAGGCCCUGAAGAACGAGCUGCUGGACUCCCUGGACACGACGGCGACGCAGCGCGAGUUGCAGAAGCAGCGGGAACAGGAGGUGGUGGGCCUGAAGCGGGCCCUGGAGGAGGAGGCCCAGAGCCACGAGCUGCAGGUGGCCGAGCUCCGCCAGAAGCACGCCCAGGCCAUUGAGGAGGUCAACGACAACCUCGACAACGUCAAGAAGGCGAAGGCGACGCUGGAAAAGCAGAAGGGCAACCUGGAGGCUGAGAACGUAGACAUGGCGAACGAAAUCAAGGCCCUGAGCUCGGCGCGGCAGGAGUCUGACCGCCGGCGCAAGGCCCUCGAGUUCCAGCUCCAGGAGCUGUCUGUGAAGCUGGCCGAGCUGGAGCGGUCCCGGAGCGACGCCGUGGAGCGCUGUACCCGGCUCCAAGGGGAGUACGACCAGGCGAGCACGGCCCUGGAGGAGCUGGAGUCGCGGGCUUCCCUGUCCAUCAAGAGCUCCCAGACGCUCGAGUCACAGCUGGCAGAGGUCCAGGACCUGCUCCAAGAAGAGACGAAGCAGAAGCUGGCCCUGAGCUCCCGGCUGCGUCAGCUGGAGGGAGAGCGGACGAGCCUCCAGGAACAGCUGGACGAGGAGGAGGAGGCCAAGCGCAACAUGGAGAAGCAGAUCGUGGCCCUCACCCAGCAGGUGGCCGAUGCGAAGAAGAAGGCCGAUGAGGAAGGGGAGCAGCUGGCCCUGGCGGAGGACGCCCGCAAGAAAAGCCAGAAGGACUCUGAGGCGCUGCAGAGGCAGCUGCAGGAGCUGCAGGGGCUCGCGGACAAACUGGACAAGUCCAAGAGGAAGCUCCAGGCCGAGGUCGAGGACGUCAAUGUCGAGCUCGAGAGCCAGCGCACCAAGGUUGUGGAACUAGAGAAGAAGCAGCGCAAGUUUGACCAGCUGCUGGCGGAAGAGAAGGCGGUGUCGGAGCGCCUGGCAGCGGAGCGAGACAAUGCGGAGCGCGAGUCGAGGGAGAAGGAGACCCGCAUCCUGUCCCUGGUGCGGGAGCUGGAGGAGCGGCAGGACUCCCUGGAGGAGCUGGAGCGGUCCCGCAAGCAGCUCCAGAUGGAGCUGGACGACCUCAUGAACUCCCAGGGCACGGCCGACCGCAACGUGCACGACCUCGAGAAGGCCAAGCGGUCCCUGGAGAACCAGCUGGCGGCCCAGAAGACUCGUCUGGAGGAGCUGGAGGACGAGCUGCAACUGGCCGAGGACGCCAAGCUCCGGCUGGACGUGACCCUGCAGGCGCUCAAGGCCCAGCACGAGCGGGACCUGCAGGCCAGGGACGAGCAGUCCGAGGAGAAGCGGAGGGCCCUCGCCAAGCAGGUUCGCGACCUCGAGGCCGAACUGGACGAGGAGCGCAAGCAGAGGUCUGCGGCGCUGACACUGCGCAAGAAGCUUGAGUCUGACCUCCAGGAAGCAGACCGCCAGAUGGACUCCCUUGGCAAGGCCAAGGAGGAGGCGCUUCGGCAGCUCAAGAGGCUGCAGGUGCAGGCCAAGGACUGGCAGCGGGAAGCCGAGGAGGCAAGGUCGUCGCGGGAGGAGCUCCAGGCGCAGACAAAGGAGGCUGAAAAGCGGGCCAAGGGUCUGGAGGCGGAGCUGGUGCAACUCCAGGAGGACCUGGCCUCCUCGGAGAGGGCUCGGAGAACAGCCGAGGGCGAGAGGGACGAGCUGCAGGACGAGAUCGGCAGCACCGCCUCCAAGGGGUCCCUGCUGCUCGAGGACAAGCGCAAGCUGGAGGCCAAGAUGCACGCCAUGGAAGAGGAGCUGGAGGAGGAGCAGAGCAAUGCAGAGAUCCUGCACGAAAAAUACCGCAAGAUGCAGGCGCAGGUGGACCAGCUGACUGCCGACCUGACGGCGGAGCGGGGCACGUCCCAGCGGCUCGAGAACAACGCCCUGGUGCAGGAGCGGCAGAUGAAGGAGCUGCGCGCCAAGCUGCAGGAGGUGGAGUCUGCCCACAAGUCCAAGCUGCGGGGUGCCCAGGCGCAGCUGGAGAGCCGGCUGGCACAGGUCGAGGAGCAGCUCGACCAGGCUGAGCAGGAGAAGCAGGCGGCCAUGCGAACGGUGCGCAAGAUGGAGAAGCGCCUCAAGGAGUCCUUGAUCCAGGUGGAAGACGAGAGGCGGCACGCCGACCAGUUCAAGGAACAGGUGGAGAAGACGAACAACCGCAUGAAGAACCUGAAGCGCCAGCUUGACGAGGUGGACGAGGAGUGCUCGAGGGAGAAGGCGCAGCGGCGCAAGCUGCAGCGAGAGCUCGAGGAGGUGCAGGAGUUCAACGAGAAGCUACAGAGCGACCUCAACGCCGCCCGCAGCAAGCUCAGGCGAACAGGUGCCUCUAGCGGUGCCACCAGCCGCAUGUUCAAGCGCGGCUCAGUGCCAACGGCCUCCGGCGACGAGAGCCCCAUCUCGAUGCCCGAGGAGUCCCUGACGGAGGACGGCCAGCCCUAGGAGGGCCAGCCUCUGCCAAGUACCACGCGUCCGCCUUCUUUUUUACGUGCCUUGUUUUCUCCCCCGCCUUGAUUUUUUUUUUGACGUGCCUCGUUUUCGUGCGAGACGGCGGUAUAUUGAGAGGGGUCGCGACGGAAUUGUGCACUACGAAAGAGGCUCUUUUUUGUACAAAUGACAAAACAAAACGCCGGUUACGAAUUGCUCACGAAGGUUCUUUCACGUUUUGCCCGCCCUCCCCCUUUUUUUUUUCCCCUCUGAGCGGAACGGUCCUGUCCGAGGGCGAAACCGCCGUGUUUUCUGUGGACAGCUGUAUUGGUGCAGCCUCUUUGAACAGAGACUACAGUGUCGGCGGCCAUGUUGGUGCACCCCCUUUUGGGGUGGAGGAGGCACGACGCUUUCGUGACGUUUGUUCUUAGGCGGUAUACUGUUGGAAGGAUAUUGUGUGGACUGUGCGUGUGGAAUGUUUCCCCCCUCUCCCCGUGUUCCGGCUCGACCGGCGACUUAUUUUUAUAUCUUCUAUUGUUAUACUUUAAUACUGCAUCAAUAAAUGAGUCAGAUUAUGUGGA